GUUCUCAGUAAAGGAGAACAGGGGAAGGGAGAAAGGUUGGAAUGGAAACAGCAUCACAAUGAAUUAAUAGAGAAAACACAAGUACCAAUUGGGAGAUAGCAGAAAUAAGGCAUUGGCAAGGAAGGGAGAGGUGGCAACAUUUAAGAUUAAAAACACAGAUUAUUAUGGAGGAAAAGACACAGAAAUCCCAGCUAUAUCUUUAGAGAGUCACCUGGCAAUACCGGAGGAGUGAUUGUCCUGUAGCUACUGAAUAACUUCUUCUGGACUUUUCACAAGAUGUUCUCUCUGAUACUCUUCUCCUGCUUUUUGAUUUGGCAAGUACUUGCACAGACUUCAUUACCGUAUUAUAUACUGCUGGUGCCUGCUGAAGUUCAUUAUCCCUCUACGGAGAGAGCAUGUGUGCAUGUGAGUGGAGCAAUGGAGAAUCUGACUCUUACAAUUACCCUACAGACAGAGAGUCGAGACACAUUCCUAUACCAACAUCAACUAACAGAGUCCAGCCUCAUACAGUGUUUCUCCUUUCAGACGCCUCCUCCAGUAGGCGGCACAGAAGAAGUGGCCACAAUUCAUAUAUCACUGAUGGGACAAAUCAUAGAAAUAACAGAGAAUAAGCAAAUCUUAAUCCGAACUGUUGCCAUAGCGACCAUCAUCCAAACCAGUCAACCCAUUUACAAGCCAGGUCAAACAGUGGAAAUCCGGAUCCUAAGUUUUGACAGGGAAUUCCGGGCUGUAAAUGACAAGUGUCCACUCGUUGAGUUAAAGGAUCCUAAUGGGAAUCGGAUUGGGCAGUGGUUAAAUCUUACCCCUCAUCAAGGCUUCAUAGAUCUGUCCUUCUCUCUGGCUCCUGAGGCAGCUCAAGGAACAUACAGUAUCCAUUCUCCAAAUGGCCACCAGACAUUCCAUGUGUUGGAAUUCACGAUACCUAAAUUUGAAGUUGUUAUAUUGCUUCCUUCCAUUGUGACUCUUCUGGAUGAGGCAUUUCAGUUGAAGGUGUGCGGCAGAUACACCUUUGGGAAGCCUGUUCAGGGUGAUAUCAGCGUCAGGCUAUGUCGACGUGCGGUGAAAUAUCAUUGGUUCCCUUAUGCACGUCCACAAGAUUUGUGCACUGUAUACAAUGGCCAGACUGAAAAAAAUGGCUGUAUGAAAUGGGACAUACGAACAGAUAUCUUCAACCUGCGCUCUUACGACUACCAGCUGAACUUUGAAGCCAAAGCUUCUCUUGUAGAGCAUGAGACGGGGGUUCAAAUCAAUGGUACCGAGAGCUGCCGUGUAUCACCUACGAUUGCCAAGGUGACCUUUGAUGGCUUAGAAAUAUCAGAGUCUUAUUACAAGAUUGGCCUCAGAUAUAAGGGAACACUGAAAUUAGAAGGUGCGGAUGGAAAACCUAUGAAGUCCAAAACUCUGUAUCUUGUAGAAGAGUAUAACUUGGUGUCCAUGGAAAGGGUAUAUGAAACAGAUGAAUUUGGCCAGGCUCACUUUACAUUGGAUACAAAGCCCUGGAAUGGAAACACAGUUCGACUGUCCGCCAGAUAUCAGAAGGAAAAUAUGGAAUUUAAACCUGGGGAGCUAAGUCCUUAUUACAAAGAUGCCCAUCAGACCUUGCAGCCAUUUUCUGCCAUUACUAACAGCUUCCUAAAGGUCCAGCCAGUAGAUCAGACCUUGACGUGUGACCAGCAGUACCAAAUAGAGAUUGACUAUCUUAUCCGUGGGAGCGAACUUAGUAGACAACAGGACAAAUUGCAACUGAACUAUGUGGUCAUGGCUAAAGGGGAACUGGCGUUAAAUGGCAAGUUGGAGCUAAAUGUCAGCAGAUACUCCGUUUUGACAGGCACUAUAGAGCUCCCUCUCCUGGUGACAGCUGAUAUCGCCCCAAAGGCACAAAUUCUGGUUUAUGCAAUACUCGCCAACGGCUGGGUAGCAGGUGAUACUGAGGAGUUCAAAGUUGACAAGUGUUUUAAAAACAAGGUAACUGCAGGCUUCUCAGACUAUGAAAAAACCCCUGGAUCAAAUGUUUCCCUACAUCUACAAGCAUCCCCAGGAUCUCUGUGUUCCCUGAAAGUGGUUGAUGAAGGUUUACUCUUCAUGCGGCCUGAAGCUGAGAUCUCGAGUGAUUUGUUGUACAAUUUCAUCUCACUGAGGAAUCAGUAUGGAUAUCCGUAUCGAGUGCGGGAAGAUGACGGCAUCUGUUGGAGGCCAAGACCAUGGUUCUCUAAGCGCUCACUAAGAGGCCACGAGCUCGAAAAAAGGCACACCAAUUGGAUGACUCCAAGGUCUCCUGAUAUGUUUAAACUUAUCAAGAGAAUGGGAUUAAAGAUUCUCACCAACACCAUAGUGAAGCAGCCAAAAGAAUGUAAUUUCUACCCGCCGGUUGCUGCCUUGUCACUUUACGGACACAACUUAUUUGCAGAUAAUCCCUUUUAUCCGCCACCUCCCAUCAUGGUUGAUGACGCAAUGGAUAGUUUCAGCCAAGCAAGUCAGCCAAGCUUGAGCCUUACUGAGGUCACAAAAAAAAUACGAAAAAGUUUUCCAGAAACAUGGACCUGGCAACUUAUACCACUUGGGAAAUCUGGGGAAGCCAAAUUAGAGUUGCAGUUGCCAGACACAAUAACAGAGUGGAAAGCUAUGAUGCUCUGCAUGGGGGAUAUUGGCCUGGGUCUCUCGUCCACAGUCACUCUAAGAGCCUUCCAGCCAUUUUUUAUAUAUUUGACUCUCCCAUACUCAGUGGUCAGGGGAGAGUCAUUCCCCAUUAAAGCCGCUGCCUUCAACUUUUUGAACAGGACUCUAAUGGUAAAUUCCAAACUUAGAGAGUCUCCUGAACUAAAGCUGACAAAGUGCCCGUCCUGCCUCUAUACACAGUGUGUCGCUCCUGGGGAAACCAAAGUCUUUGCUUGGGAAGCAACAGCUCUGGGAUUGGGCUCAGUGCAGGUUGAGAUCAGUGCGGAAGCCAUCCUCACUGGAGAGUUAUGUGGGGGAGAGGUACCAACUGUGCCACAAGAUGGAGCAUGUGAUAUCCUAAUGAGACCGCUGCAAAUUAAGCCGGAAGGAAUGCCCAUUGAGAAAUCACAGAAUUUCCUUCUCUGUGCUGAAGAGAAUCUGUCGUCCCAAACGUUUUCCAUCAGCCUGCCCCAAGAUACGGUGCCGGACUCUGCAAGAGCCGAGAUUUCUAUUGUGGGGGACUUUAUGGGAAAAGCUCUAGACAAUCUAGAGAACCUUCUUGAUCUUCCAACUGGCUGUGGAGAACAGAACAUGGUGAAAUUUGCUCCGAUCAUAUAUGUAUUAAGAUACCUUGAAAACACAAAACAGCUAACGGAUGUUGUGAGAGUAAGGGGGAAUGUCUACCUGGUGCAUGGGUACCAGCAGGAGCUGGGUUUCAAGAGAUAUGAUGGCUCAUUCAGCGCCUUUGGAGAGAAAGAUGAAGAGGGGAACACAUGGCUGACUGCAUUUGUGAUACAGAUGUUUUAUGCAGCCUCCUAUUCCAUCUUUGUGGAUGAGAAACACUUGUAUGAGGCUAUAGCCUGGCUGAAGAACAACCAACUCCCCAGCGGCUGCUUCAUACGCAGAGGGACGCUCUUCAAGUCUUCUUUGCAGGGGGGUGUGAAUGAUGAGACCACAUUGACUGCUUACGUGGCUGCUGCUAUAUUACAGAUAAAGUGGCCUGAGGAGGAUGAAAUGUUGCAGAAAGCACUGCAGUGUCUGAAGAAUUCAAUACCAAAUGUGACCAGUACCUACACCAUGGCCCUUCUGAGCUUUACCUUCACUUUGGCUAAAGACUUCGAAUUGAGGAAUUCACUCUUGAGAAGCCUCUAUGAGAAAGCUACAAUAGCAGGUGAUCAAGUUUACUGGCUUUUAAACCCAACUCCUCCAACCAAAACCUCUCCUUGGGCUCAGCCAAAUUCUCUUGAGGUGCAGGUAGCAUCCUAUGUGAUCCUGUCCCACCUUAUGCUGGAAAACCUCACCAAGAAUGAUAUAUGUAACGCAUCAAAAAUAGCUUCAUGGCUCAGACUACAGCAAACCCCACAUGGAGGCUUUGAAAGCACCCAGGACACAUUGGUGGCACUUCAAGCUCUUUCCCAAUAUGCUGAAAUUUCCUACACUGGGCAAUUGGGAUUAGAAGUGACCGUGCAGUUGGCAGAAGAAGGAGGUGACAAGCACCAGUUCUGGGUAGAUAACACAACCCGAUUCCUCCUGCAGAAGACACAACUUGACAAGGUUCCUGGAAACUACAAUGCGGGGGUGAAGGGUGAAGGCUGCGUAAACCUACAGUUGAUACUAAAAUACAACACAAAACCUGCUGAGAAAAGCAACACCUUUGAAUUGAGACUCAACUCCAGCAGGGACGGUUGCAGGAAUCAAUCCAUAUCCUGUUAUAACCUCACCAUCUGUGUACAGUACAUUGGGCAGCGCCAGAGAACCAACAUGAUACUGAUUCAAGCUGGUUUACUUUCUGGCUUUAGUGCCAUUGAGGAGACCAUAAACAAGCUCGAAAACCACCCCUUGGUAAAGAAGAUUGAAAUCAAAAUGGAUGAAAUAGUGAUUUAUAUAAAUGAGCUCUCCCAUGAAACUCAGUGUUUCUCCUUCCUGGCAAAACAAGAUGUCCCGGUGGAAAAUUUGGCUUCACAGCUGGUGAAGGUGUAUGACUUUUACCAAAGAGAAGAAGAAGCCGAUGCAAUGUACAACCUGUCCAGACUUUAAGAUGGAAGUGUGUUCUUAAGGUGUCCUCAUUCCAGGUUUAUUUGGGAUGAAAGUAUGAUGAAUACCAGCUGGCAUGAAGAGCAAUAACAUGAGACAGGAAGAUUGGCAGGACGGUUGAGGAACUGACUUGUGGAGAAACCUCAAGACAUAUGGAGAGAAGACAAAAAAAUCCAUUCAUUUGAAAGCAAUUUUGUAUUUAGAAAACAAUUAUGAUGAAAUUGUGUAAAUUGCUGUCUUAUAAAAUAGUAAUGUUGACACCAUUAAAACAAGGGUCACAUUGAAGAGAAGCCACAAUGCUGAGUUCCA